AGAUAAUAAAAAUUGAAUAAUGUAGGUAUAUAAACAAAUGAAACCGCAUUCAUCCAACAUUAAAUUUUCAAAAAUGAACUUCCCAAUAAUUAUAUUAUUGUGUUUUACUAUCGCGGCGUCUCAUCCAUCAGAUGUAUUAGAAAAACUUAUCGAACUACAUAAUGCCGAUACAGAUACACUACGUAAAGAUACUCAAACUUUAAUAGAAACGACAGAAACUGAAAUGACUUUGUUGAGAAAUUUGGCCGAAAGUAAUAUCCUUAAAUCAGUAGAAAAUAUCAACAAAAACGUUGAUAUCAUUUUGGCAUAUUCGGUUGCAAGAACAAACAACCUAUCUAUACAUUUAGCUGAUAAAGUAGACAAAACGUCUGCAAUAUACUCAGAACAAGCUAAAACAACUUGUUUAACUCUAAUCGAAUACCUUGUAGGACUUCCUGGAUCAUUCCAACCAAGAAUUGAGUUAUCUUUAGCUACCGCCGUUAGAAUAGGUAACGCUACGGUGCGCGAAGACAUAAAUUUGAUGGACAACAAAUUUCUUCUUUUGAACGCUCUAAGUCAAUCGCUGAUAGCCUGCGGAGACGAUUACGAUUGCGUCGUGAAGAUAUCUGAAGAGGCCGUUGAAUAUAACACGGAAUUUAUAAACAGCUUCAACGAUAUCCUGGUGAAUAUUAACAAAGUACCGAAACAGAUCAUCAACCAAGCAAUCAAAGACGUCGAAAAUACCGUUUAUAUAGAUGAGGAUUACGCUUGUAAUAAUGCCGAUAUCAUGUUGACUUGUUUGACUAGUUUCGACGACGAAACGAACGAUGAUACGUCUACUACUACCAGUACCCCAUGGGUUACUACAACCACUCCUACAACUACAACCACUAGAUCCUCAUCAACUACCACCAGUCUAAAUAAAGAAUUAUACGACGAUAAUCAACCAGAUCCUUAUUGUAAUCACCCACCUUUCAAUCCAAGUAUCGACGUAUAGGAAUUAAUCUUCAUAUUAAAAUAUGAAUUAUCUAUUUUUGUUAAUUUUAAAUAAAAAAAAUUUUAUUUCUA